UAAUGAGUUCAUUUGCCUGCUUGUUCAUCAUUUUCGCAGUAAGGCGUAUUGAUGUUUCAAUGUGUCGUUACACUCAUGUAAGCUCAGCACUUUAAAACUUGGCUCCUUCCUGCUGUUUUGAUUCCGGGGCGACAUGAAAGGCCUCUCGACAUGUGGGGAAACCAACCAGCAGACGGUUGGAUAGAGUCUCUUCUCUUGAUGUGCCCUUGAGCAGGACGGACUCUUCCAUCUGCAGGAACCAUUCUGCGGAGGAAGCUUCGCCAAUUUUUGUAUAUUUAAAAAAAAAAAAUAGGACCUUGAGAGGAACGGUUUGAAACUCCGUGUUCAAAUGACCUUUUCGGCGCGGUGAAAAUGGCGCUCUGUCUGCCGUCACAUCCCCCAGACCGACAUUCUCCACACGGUCGGGGUACAGAGCCAUUGAUGAGCGAGAGCACUUAGUCUCCAAAGAUUCUUGUAAUUUGGACACGCGUGAAUGCAGCUUGAAGCUUGGGCACCUUCUCGCUGCCGAGUAAAAUAAAGUGUUUUCGGGCACAGAGAAGCUGUGAUGUACUGAAUCGCUGAUUUCUCCCGGCAGCACAUAAGCCCAGUACACCGGACUUAAAGCACCUGGAAAACCUCCACGCUGUAUUGAUUGCGCAGGGCCUUUACUUGGCACAGUUUGGACCCACUAAUGCACAAAUGGGCUUUGAACACUUUUACAUUUGCUGUGGUUAAUGUAGAAAGAUUGCUGGGUUCUUUAAAGAGACCAGCACAGAUGUAAGGUACACAUUGCUCAAUUGAAAUAAAUACACUUAUAGCCUGUCAAAAAACAAUGAGGCAUAUAUAUAUGUAGUUAUCAUAACGCAUGGCCUAUGCUUCCCUUUCUCACUUUAUCAAUGCUAACAGCAUUUAGCGCCGACAGCCCCACUGGUAACGUUAGCCGCCCCAAUCAAUACGUCUACAUUAACAACGGAUAAAAACACUGCAUGUAAUACAAGUGCAAGGGGUCAUGUGUCGGGCUCCACCCAAGUUCCCCAUCUGCUCUCCGGAGUGUUUCGGAGACGUUCGGGUACUGAUGGCAACGUCGAUUGUUUUCAUUGGACCCCGUCGCAGCGCUCAUCAACGUGGCAGCUGUUUUUCAGAGAAAAGCUCACUGCAAGAGGCAACGGGAGGGACAGAGCCGCGUUUAGCAGUCUACAAGCCGCCAGUCGGCGUUUCCCUGAAGAGUCGGUGAAGAACAGGAACAAAGCCAGAAGCAGAGUCAAUAUCAGACUGAAACGGGCCUCCUUGUGAAUGCUGAUGUGGCCUUGUGUCCUUGAUGGAUACUGAUGAUGUUGUGUAAUAAUACAUUUCAAUUACUACAUGUCCUUUCAAUGAUGGACACCAUGUAUCGUUGCAGUGCACUACCGGAUUGAUUUAACGUGGGAGAGUAACAAGGUGUGCAGGGGGGUGGAGGUGUGGAUGAUGGAGAGAGAGAUUAGCGGCUGACAGACGUGAGGGAAUAAGUAAACCGGGUACAUUUUGAAGAGUCCUGACGUGGGAUUGAAGACGUGUUGCAGAGAUGUUCGGCCGAGUAAUUCAAAACUCAUUUACUUAAUUUGAAUGAAUGAAUGCAACUCCGAGCAAAUCCAUUUCAGGGACGGAUCCUUAUCAGGACGCACUGGAACAACCUCGGGCCUGCACCUCUGCCCAAGAGCUGAAAUGUAUGCAGGAGAAGGCAUUCAUAUUUUAUGCCGCUACCAAACAGGGGGGGCUGCAUUAGGACAGAAGAUGAUGUUUGCAUCGGCUAGUUGAAGUGUUAAAAAAUAAUCCUUUUAACGGUUUCAGGGAGGCUAUUGAGAAUUUAUGCAGUGUAUCGAUGCCGGCUUUGACUCCCGCGAGGGACUUACAUCAUUGUUUGGUGUGUAAUCGCUGCAAGGAAGUCGAAGAGGGGUGAUGUUACCCUACAGAUGAGAAAUAUUUGGCUCCGAGAAGAUUGCCAGCUUUGAAACCUGCCAACUCUAAUAAGCUUAAUGGAAAGCGUGAAUGAGUAACACUCCGUUUGUUCACAGCAGCCUCCAAUAAGGUUCCAUUUGGGAAGGCACUAAACUAUUCCCCCAGUGUAGCUUCUCAGGGGAUAAUAGAUGAUUGCUGUUGUUCAUGCCAGCUCAAGCUUUUGUAUGCAGCUGUAACUAAAUGUGAUGCUAAGUGGGAAUUGCUGACAUUUUGUGUCUGUAAAACAUCAGAUCUUUCUGGACCAAAGAAGAAGAGAAUUGUUUUUAGCUUGCAGGCCACGUGUGGUCUCCUGCGGGUUGUGAUUGGCCCAUUGAGGCAUUAGGUUUAAAGCAUUGUCCAAAGAAGCAGCAUUAAGCUGUGUCCACAUAAAUAAUGGUUGCAUAAGCCCAAAUAAUGAGUGUUUGUUAGCGCUGGCUAAAUUGAAUAUGCUUUAGUUUGCAUCUCUGCCGUAUUUCUGUCUGCUCUGUUCCCUCGCGGCCCGCACUGGGAUCGGGUCUUACUUCCCAAAUGAAACCGGAUCUCUGAACGUGCCCUCCAAGAUCUCAAUCGGGAUUGGUCGACGUAACCGUCCAUCGCUGCUCCUCAGAUCCAGAUACCCAACCCCUCGCCCUCCCCCUGGGUUCCAAGAGGAAACUAGACCCUGUCUCAUCCAGCCUCCCCUCCUGCACCAGCAGUUCAGCAGGGUCAUCUCUGCAGCACCGCCGCAUCCACGCAACGCGCAAACUCGUAAACCUCCCGGUGACUAUGGGAGCCCCAGAGGAGGAAGCGCCCCGUCCACCCUCGGACAUCACCGUGUUCGGGGCCAACUCUUCCCUCCACGGCCUCAGCCACAUCUUCCUGCCCGGCGGGGUGACCGUUCGGCGGCUGCUUUGGGCCGCCGCGUUCAGCUCCUCCCUGUCCAUCUUCCUCUACCAAGUGGCCGACCGCGUGAUCGAGUACUACCAGUACCCCCAUGUCACCAUCCUGGACGAGAUGGACAGCCCCGUCAUGUCCUUCCCGGCCAUCACCAUAUGCAACUACAACAGCUACCGGAAGUCGCAGAUCCGGAGGAACGACAUCUUCUGGAUGGCCGGGCUCCUGGGCGUGGAGCAAGGCGACUUCGACGACUUCCUGGCCGCUUUGGGGCAGCCGACGGACGACAGCAAGUUUUUCCCCAGCAAGACCUUCAACAUGCUGGAGUUUGUGCAGAGGACGAGCCACAACAUAGACGAGAUGCUGCUCGACUGCAAGUAUCGAGGCAAGGACUGCGGCCCGGAGAACUUCACCACCAUUUACACGCGCUACGGAAAAUGCUACACGUUCAACUCCGGACUAGACGGCAACCCCUUGCUGACCACGCUGAAAGGCGGCACGGGCAACGGCCUGGAGAUCAUGUUGGACAUCCAGCAGGACGAGUACCUGCCGGUGUGGGGAGAGACAGAUGAGACCUCCUACGAAGCGGGCAUCAAGGUUCAGAUCCACAGCCAGGACGAGCCGCCCUUCAUUGACCAACUGGGAUUUGGUGUGGCUCCUGGUUUUCAAACUUUUGUGUCAUGUCAGCAGCAACUGCUCCAGUACCUCCCGCCGCCCUGGGGGGACUGUAAGUCCACUCCCAUAGACUCCGAGUACUUCUCCACGUACAGCAUCACCGCCUGCCGCAUCGACUGCGAGACGCGCUACCUGCUGGAGAACUGCAACUGCAGGAUGGUUCACAUGCCCGGGACCUCCACCGUUUGCACACCUGAGCAGUACAAAGACUGUGCAGACCCGGCUUUAGACUUUUUGGUAGAGAAAGACAACGACUACUGUGUCUGUCAGACCCCCUGCAACAUGACCCGCUACGGCAAGGAGCUGUCCAUGGUUAAGAUCCCCAGUAAGGCCUCCGCUAAAUAUCUGGCUAAGAAGUUCAACAAAACUGAGCAGUACAUUGGAGAAAACAUAUUGGUCAUGGACAUCUUCUUUGAAGCUCUGAAUUAUGAGAAGAUCGAGCAGAAGAAGGCCUACGAAAUUGCGGGGCUUCUGGGGGACAUCGGAGGUCAGAUGGGGCUGUUUAUUGGAGCCAGUGUCUUAACAAUACUGGAAAUAUUUGACUACCUAUAUGAGGUGUUUAAGGAUAAAGUUUUGGGAUACUUCAUACGGAAGAAGAGACCACAGCGGUGUCAGAGCGACAAUCUGGAGUUUCCAGAGAACCAAACCAGCCCUGGUGUCACGCCUAAUCAUGCCCCCAGAGCACCUGUGACACCCUCCGGAGUCACUCGGACAGUGUCGGAUUCACGCCGAACAUGUUACCUCGUCACCCGACUUUAGGCAACUUCGAGGAGUUCGCUUGUUGACAACAUAAGG